AUGGUGACACGAAGACAGCUUGCCAUCUUCCCCAACAUGCUGGGUAUGUCUCUCUUGUUGCUUAUCAUUCUCUAUCACUAUGUAGCCAUCAAGAAUCCUAAGAAGCAGAAAUGA